AUGUUCUGUCGAAAAACAGAAAUGUGCAAAAGGGUACGUAAUGCACUGGGACGAGUACUGUACAGCCUUGCGCAGCAUGUGCCGUCCGUUGGAUACUGUCAGGGUCUUAAUUUUGUCGCUGCCCUGAUUCUUCUGGUACUAAAGGACGAGUCGAAGGCGUCGGAUCUGCUUGUGCAAAUGGUCCGACAACGACAAGACUACUACAAUGAGACCAUGUCAGGUCUACAAAGGGACACCAAAGUACUACAAUGGAUUCUUGCGUAA